AUUUCUCUUUGGUUUAGUUCGUCGUGGAAAUUUGUAUCGCUAAGACGUGCAUUAUGUCUGUCGUGUAUAAACUUGGUGAUCUAGUAUGGGCCAAAAUGAAGGGAUUUAGCCCAUGGCCCGGCCGGGUAGCACUCCCAACGCCUGAGCUAAAGCCGCCUAAGAAGGCAACGAAUGUGCAAUGCAUUUACUUCUUUGGCACUAAUAACUAUGCCUGGAUUGAAGAGAAUAACAUCAAGCCGUACCAGGAAUACAAGGAGAAGCUGAUUAAUUCCUGCAAGACCCUGGCUUUUAAAGAAGCUGUGAAUCAGAUUGAAGAGUAUAUUGUGAAUCCUGAGAAAUUCGGUGAUAUCGAUGACCACGCCCUCAAUGCUGAGGAAGAGUUCGAUAAACUAAAGGAUGUGCUAGAAAGUGGAGAAAAUGAGGAGGAGAAGCCCGAGGAAGAAGCUCCCGCCGAAGAAAAGAAAAAGAAAAACUCUACUCCUAAGAUACGUUUGGGCAUUUCAAAGGUGAAGCCUAUAAAACGGGCGUCGUCGGGCGGGCACAAGACUCCGAAGAAGAAGGUGAAGUCUCUGUCACGCUCGUUCACCGACAGCGACGUGGAGAAACCGUCGAUGUUGAAUCAUUCGUUCUCGAAAAAAUCCAGCUUGUUGCAUCGUCCGUCCAAUAUAUUGAGACCUGACACCCCACCACUGGACCUGGAGAAUGUCUCCGAGACCCUGCUGGAGAAGAACAUCAAGGCCAGCCAGAUGAAGUUCGGUUUCCUCGGCCUCGGCAUCAUGGGCAGUGGGAUCGUGAAGAAUCUACUCAAUUCCGGUCAUAAAGUUCUCGUGUGGAAUCGUACCGCUGCUAAGUGCAAAGACUUCGAGAAAGUUGGAGCCACCAUAGCGGUGACACCAUGCGACGUGGUGGAGGAAGCUGACAUCACCUUCUCCUGCGUAGCCGACCCUCAGGCUGCUAAGGAGAUGGUAUUCGGUAACUGUGGCGUUCUUCAUUGUCCAUCGCUGGAGUCCAAAGGCUACGUGGAGAUGACGUCCAUAGACGCGGACACCUCCCACGACAUCGUAGAAGCAAUCAGCGGCAAGGGGGGCAGAUAUCUCGAGGCGCAGAUCCAAGGCUCAAAAAUCCAAGCCGAGGAGGGCACCCUGAUAAUCCUGGCGGCGGGCGACCGCAGCUUGUUCGACGACUGUCAGUCGUGCUUCAAGGCGAUGAGCAAGAACUCCUUUUACCUUGGUAGUGACAUCGGCAACGCGUCGAAGAUGAACUCCGUACUGCAAGUGGUGGGCGGCGUGUCGCUGGCGGCGCUGGCGGAGGGGCUGGCGCUGGCCGACCGCGCCGGCCUGUCGCAGGCCGACCUGCUGGACGUGCUGGCGCUCACCCCGCUGGCCUCGCCGCACCUCAUCCUCAAGGGGCGAGCCAUGAUCGAGUCAUCAUACUCCACCCAGCAGCCUCUCUCCCACAUGCAGAAGGACCUCAAACUGGCCCUGGGUCUCGGAGACGCAUUGGAGCAGUCGUUGCCCCUCACGGCGACCACUAACGAGAUCUUCAAGCACGCCAAGCGGCUGGGAUACGCUAACCAUGACGUCGCGGCCGUCUAUAUACGAGCCAGAUUCUGAUCCGGCAGUAAGGGAAUGACAAUAGAGAAUAAGGGAAUGACAGCAGUAGUCCCUGAGAAAGAAGGAGAUCCUACAUUCACUAGUGUCAGUUAAAUGUCGAGACUUUUUCAGCAAUGACUAAUAAA